GUCAACAUCCAUUGUGAAUAAAAAUAAAACGACAGAAUAGAUAAUACGCGGUUUGUGUAUUAUUUAUCUGCCAAAAACCCUAUUCUCAACCAAUGAAACUUGAUCAUUUCUCCUAAUUCAACGCUCCAGACAACUAAAACCAUGCAGACAAACACCAAGGACCAUUCGACGAACGGAAUGUCAUCAACAAAAGCAGCAGAAAUCUAUCGAAAAGAUUGCGGCGGAAUCUACUAUGUGUGCUUUCAUUGCGGAAUUCAAUUUGCCAGCAUUGCCGACACUUUGGUUCACAUCGAUCACCACUUUUCGUCAGAGAGUGACAUGAAUGUGGAUCAGGCGCCAAUGGACAUUGUUGACAGAAAAUGUGAACUGUUGGACAAUGUUACCGAAGAAGUGGUUGAUCCCAGUCAGUUGGAACAAAUAUUUAUCGACUGUAGCAAAUCGAUUGAAACGAAUGACGAACAAAGUAUGCCGAUCAAUACGGCCACUUAUACUGUGAUUCAUCGAACAACAGUCCAACCGAGGAAAAACUAUUCGGAUUUGGAAGGACACUUUGAAUGGAAGUGCCUUUACUGUUCGAGUUUGUGGAAGAAAUUUACAAAGCUCAAACAACACUUGAGGAAACACUACAAAGAUCCGUUGCCCAAUGUUAUACCAGUUGCUACCGAGAGAGAAUUCAGUUCACUAACAAGCACACAGUAUUCAUUCAAAUGCACUCUCUGUCCAUCGGAAUUUUUUGAUUCAAUUACAUCUCGGCAACACGUUAAAGAUUGUCAUGCAACAGAACCACUUGAGUGCAUUCCGUGUGGACGAAAAUUCGUUUCAACGCAAUUAUUAACCGAUCACAUGUCAACGGUGCAUGAUGAUGACGAUACGAAGCUGGCGAUCAUGAGUGAUAAUUGCAAGAACGAGGAACAGCAGGAAAUUCAGAACAACAACGAGACAUUGCUGUCGCAGCAGAAUACGUUCUUAUGCAUUCUUUGCAAUAAGACUUUCAACGGAACACUCAAUUUGAUGCAGCACACAUUUGUCCAUUUCAAUUUGAAAAAUUUUAGUUGCACCCAAUGUCCAGCCAAAUUUCGCCGCAUGGCUACGCUCAGAGAUCACAUGGUAAAAAAGCAUUUGUCCGACAUUGACGAGCACAUCUUCAACAUUCAAUGCAGAUUUUGCAAUGAUAAAGUCGAGAAUUUAUUCGAAUUCGUCACUCACACAUUCACCAACCAUUUAGACGAGGGCGACAGAAACAAUUCGGAUUUGGAUACGAUACUCGACUAUGAUUGUCGAUUUUGCUUCAAGACAUUCACCAAAUGGAACGAUGCCUAUCAACAUUUGGGUGUGCAUGCAAAAGAUGAACUUCCGGAAUGUAUCCCAAACGAAGCCACGACGGCAAGAGCUUUUUCCGAACGGGCCAAAAGCGGUUUGUAUCGAUUCGAAUUACUUUACAACUGCAAAGAGUGCCCAAGGACAUUAUGUGGAUCGUUCGAAGCUAGAAACCAUUGGAUUACCGAACACAAACACGUCAUAAAAAGUGAGAUCGUUCCAAGCGAAAAAUUGAACAAACGCACCGGAAAAGAGUCUCUGAAGUGUCACGAUUGUGAUGAAGUAUUCUGCACACAAUUCAAUUUGAUGAAACACAGACUGAUGCACUUCAAAGUGCAACCGUAUCGGUGUCCGAUAUGCGCGAAACGAUUCAGUGUCAGCAGGAACGUACCCAUACAUGUGAAUAAGGUUCACAACACGAAACCCGACGAUAACUAUUGCCAACUCGAUUGUCAUUAUUGCAAGGCUGAAUUUUCCGAAGAGAUAAGCUUUAUCACACACAUGUACAACGAACAUCUGUACGUCAAUUUCAACAUCGAGGAAAAUCUGGAUGGACGAUGUCAAUACGAAUGUCUAUAUUGCAAAGAAAUGAUAGCUCAACGCAGUCAGAUGAGUCAGCAUCUGCUGGAAAAUCAUCCAAAUGAAACGUUACCCGAAACGGAAAGCAAUACGAUCACCGCCGAAUCAUCGAUGAACUCAUUGAGACACAAAGUGGAAUUCAUUUACUGUUGUGUCCAUUGUCCGAAAAAAUUCCGCCUGCCUCAUCCGGCCAACGAGCAUGUCAAAUACAAGCAUAAAAUCGAAAAGAAACCCGUCCAGAAAAAGGAGAAGGAAAAGAAAGCGCCAGUAUCACGGGAUACACAUUGCACUCUGUGCAACAUAACAUUUUUGACCUGGCGUUCCAUGCUCAACCAUCGAGCGAAGCGACAUCCGGAGACGCACAACAAAGAUCGGUACAAAAACCGUCCCACAUAUUACUGUUCAACGUGCGGCAAAGAGUAUCGGGACAAGGGCAAUUUGAAUCAACACGAAGAGACGCAUGCUCGUCUCCAAUCGUAUACGUGCGACAUUUGCAACAAAUCGUAUCGCACCAAAAACUACAUCCAAUUGCAUCUGCUGAGCCACCGCAACGAAAAGAAUUUCAUCUGCGACCAAUGUGGCCGAUCGUUUUACAGUGUCAGCAAACUGAACACGCACAGCCAAAUCCAUCAGAAUUUGAAGCUACAAUGUGAUAUGUGCGACAAGGUGUUUUUCACUCGGUACAAUCUGAGCAAACACAAGAAGACUCACACCACCGACACGCGACGGAAGUGUAAACUGUGCGACAACUACUUUAAGUCAGCUAAUUCGUACCGGACCCAUAUGCUAUUGCAUACCGGUAUUAAGAAAUAUGCCUGUCGAUACUGUGACAUGGCCUUUGCCCAGUCAUCUGGUAGAAGGGGGCAUGAAAAAAUGAAGCAUCACAUUGCUUAGUCGAUACAAAGGAAUGAGAAGAAUAUUUAGUGAUGAAGACGUUAUAACAUAAAUAAAUGAAUUGAGUU